AUGGCAUCAAUAAAAAAAAAAGAAGUGACCAAAGAAGAAGAUAAAAUCGAGCCAGAGAAACACGAAGGUGACGUUAAAGUCAGUGAAAAGAUAAUAGUGCAGUGUGAAAGUGAUAGUGGAGAAAGAGAUAUUAGUGACGCGUACAGUGUGGCUAGGGAACAUCUCAACAACGGCAGAAGUGAGAAGUUGAUUGGAGAGCAGCCUGAUCAUAGGAUCAGGGCUACUGCUAUUGUUGAGAACAAUAAACUGACUCCUGGAGAAAAAUCGGUGAAGUUUUAG